AUGACGAAAAGAAAUAAUGUGGGUGGAGUGAGGGAAAUAUCCACCACUGCAAUUAUGGCUUUAAUGGUCCAUCCCUACGCUUCCAUAAGUCCAGAAUAUGCUGCUAUGAUUGCCUUCUUUGGAGGUUGCAUUAUACUAACAUUGGGUCUUUUAAAUCUGGGAGUGCUAGUAAGAUUCAUUUCAAUACCCGUUAUUAUAGGUUUUACCACAGCGGCCGCCAUAACAAUAGGUAGUGCACAAAUUAAUAAUAUUUUCGGCAUAAAAGCUCCUUCAAAUGAUUUGAUACCUGCUUGGAAACAUUUCUUUACCCACCUCAAUGACAUAGGCUGGAAAGAUGCUACAUUGGGUUUAGUUACCUUAGCCUUCUUGCUGGUUAUGAAGAAAGUCAAAGAUAUACCCUUUGGUAAUCGUACUUUCUGGAAAUAUCUUUCUUUGUCUCGCAAUUCAAUGGCUGUUAUAAUUGGUACAUUCUUGGCUUAUAUCUUAAGUCGUGAUGGUUCACAACCUUUUAGAGUAACCGGUAAUGUUACAGCCGGUUUGCCGCCAUUUAAGGUACCAUUAUCUGGUGCUGUUAUCAACGGAACCGAAGUAACCUUAAAGGAAAUGAUGAAUACAGUAGGUGCUUCUUUUGCUUCCAUACCGUUGGUGUCCAUUUUGGAAGUGGUUGCUAUAGCUAAAGCAUUUUCCAAAGGCCGAAUUGUGGAUGCUUCUCAGGAAAUGAUUGCUUUGGGUAUGUGCAAUAUUAUGGGUAGUUUCGUUUCGUCGAUGCCUGUCACUGGUUCAUUUACACGCACGGCCGUUAAUAAUGCCAGCGGUGUAAAGACAACUUUGGGUGGUUUGGUAACUGGAGGUUUGGUAUUAAUGGCUUUAGCCUUUUUAACAAAGGCCUUCUAUUAUAUACCUAAAGCUACUCUGUCGGCCAUUAUUAUUGCUGCCAUGAUAUCUCUGGUGGAAGUGGAGAAAAUACGUGAUACUUGGAGAUCAAAGAAGAAGGAUUUUGUACCAUUUUUGGUUACUCUAUUUAUUUGCCUAUUUUGGAGUUUGGAAUAUGGUAUUUUAUGUGGUAUUGCCGCUAAUCUUUCAUAUAUUCUAUAUAGUAGUGCUAGACCCCAGAUAUGGUUAUAUACCUAUAAGUUAUUGGAUUAUGAAUUUGGUAUGGUUGAUGUUAAGCAAAAGCUGGACUUUGCCUCAGCCGAAUAUCUAAAGGAAAAAGUAGUUGAAUUUGUUAAUGUCCAUCAAAAAGAUAAUAUACGAUUGAUUGUAGUCAAUGGUCUGGAAAUCAAUAGCAUUGAUUAUACAGUAGCGGCGAAUAUCGUUUCAUUAAGAGAAGAUUUAAAAGUUUUAAACUGUGAUAUGAUCUGCUGGAAUUGGAAUAUAUCAUCAGCUGGUGUAGUUUGUCGUUUGAAUAAUAAAAUGCGUGAUAUGUUUAAGUUUCAUAAAACUUUAGAGGAAACUAUAGAAGAAUAUCUAAAUACCCAUUCUACAAAUGCCUCAGAGGCCACAUUGUAUUCAGUGACAUAAGUUUGUAAUAAAUGCGAGAGUGUAAACGAAUUAAUACAAAAAACAACGUGCAACCAUGUGAUGCAAUGACAACAAAUACGCCUUUAGUUAAUAUGCAAUAAGAAUAAAACAAACACUUGUAAUAAUUCUUGGCGACUUAUUGUCUGGUGCUGCAACAUGAAACCCUAAUUCUUAGAAAUAACACAAACACACUUAUAAUUUUCACAACAAAACAAUUAUUAUUAAUUAAGUCAUAUAUUUUAUUAAAAAAAAAAACACAUACACACACCAGACAUAGUGUCUCCUCUUCCUCAAAAUGCUAGAAAAUGAAUUUUUAUACAUUUUAACUAAAAACCCCUUAAGAAAUAUCUUAACUUGUACUUAGAGUUUAGUGAUUAAUUAAAAUGUUCUCAAGUAUUUUUUAAGAUCAUUUAAUAACCUUUAUGUAUUUUAAAUAUGGCUGUCCUUGUCUUUUAGUGUGAAGGUCAUUUUCAAAGUAACACAAAAGGCAAAGAGCCUUACACUGCAGGAUAAUUAAUGUUUUGUGUCAAACACUUAACAAAUUGGUCUACCUCUUUAUGAUUUUAUUGUUUUGUCUCUUUUAAAACACUACUACUAAUACUACUACUUUAGUUGUGGUUUGAGUUGAGUUCCUAGAAUAUUUAAAAUGCCUCCAGUUUGUUUUCUAAAGAGACUUUGUAGGUCAUUAAAAUAUGAAAUAAAUUUUUGUAUUAUAUGUAUAUAUAGUAUAUAUUUUAAAAUAAAAACAAAACACAACUUU